AUGAACAGCUUAUUAUUAAAUAUAAACUUUUAUUUUAAUAUAAACUUAUUAAAAUUUUCAAAUUAUAAUAUUAUUAUAAAAAAUUUAUAUAAAUAUGGUAAGUCGUAUAAACAUAUGCUUACAUAUUUAAAAAAAAUUUUAAAAACAAAAAUUUUUAAUUUAAAAAAUAAAUACAAUAGAACAAAAAGCAAAAAUAAAUAUUCUAAAACAUAUUAUCCUUCAUCACACAACGUAAAAAAAGGUCUUGCAUGGGUAGGAUUACGUAAUUUGAAGUUAAAUACUUAUAGUAAACUAUGCGUAAAACUACUGCUUCCUUCUUUAUUUAAUUCUAGAAGCAAUAUAAUAAUACAUAAUUUAGAAUAUGUAAAAUUUUUAUAUUGCAUUACUAGUUUAAACAAACAUAGGUAUUAUAAAACUAUUUUACAAAAUUUAAAAUAUUAUAAUUACAUAUUAAAUUAUAACAGUAAUAAACAAACUAUAACAAAAUCAUUACAAUACAACAAUAUAAAUAUAAUUUAUUAA